UUUGCUUAAACAUGGAAAGCAGAACAGAGUUGUUUUCAAAGCGGAACGCUUCCAUUAUCCUAGAAAAACACCAGAACACGUUAAAUAUAUAAUUGUUAAAAAAUCAACGUGGUGAAAUUGUAUUAAACGAUAAGAUGAAUGUUGACGCAGUCGACGCGAGAACCAUAAAGAUCAUUCUCUUCCAUGUAUUUUGUUUAAUUUCAUGAUGAAAUGUUGUGGAAGAGGAAGUAAAAGAAACGAAUCCGCUCCACUCGACCGAUUAUGGAAAGUAAUAGCUAACGCGAUACAUGAUAUGCAUUAAUAUGAAGGGAAAGGUGAUUUUUUUUUUCAAAUUCAAUGACAUAUCUAAAUAUCCCAUUUCAAAAAAAGGAUACAAUGUUUGUCAAAGUUAAUGGGGAAAGUUCGCUGGAUCAAGUGUUUUGUUUCUGGAUAUAGUAAGUUUCUAAUCAAGGAUAGCCUUUUGUGUUAACAAAAGGCAAAAUGCGCUUCUGUAUAGAUUCUCGGGACUGUGCGCCAUGUCCGCCUUUGUUCUUUGACGACGUCUACAAUUUACUGAUAACCACCGCUACCAGUCUGAAUUAUACUACGUCCGAUAUCGAUUACAUUCGCGUAAAAUGCAAAAUCGACAUUCCAACCACUACAGCCACCACGACAACAACUUCAACAACCACUACAGUUCCACCAACAUCAUCAACAACACUGGGACCCGCAAGUACAACAGGUUUAACAGAAACAACACGAGUUGAUCAUGUGACGUCAUCCGUUACGCCAACUAUCGCACAUAAUUCCACGUUUUCAACAAGCGGACACACGAGCAUUUCUACAGUCUAUCAGGAAAUUUCUUCUAGUUCGACGACACCAGCUAGUAGCAAUAACACGGGUAUACCAACAGUGUACCCAAACACAACAUUUACUGAAAACGUGACACCAAAUGUGACGUCAAAACAUGUGGUAGCGAACUGGAGCCCUUGCAAUGACCUGUGCAUGAUCGGAGUGUUAACCGGCGGGGUCUGUAUUCUGAUCACCAUGCUGGCUUUGGUUGCAGUGUUGCUCCGAAAACAGGGCGGCGAGGACCGGAAGAAGUCCGAGCGAGCCAGUCGGUCCAGACGUCGACGUCAGUUCACGGACAUCCCAAAUACAGACCUUUAUGACAGCAUAGAAAUAGACGAUUCCACGCCUAGUAACCGAAACAGUGGGUCCUCGUUUAUUCGCAGAUCCAUGGACUUUACAAGGUCGACCACGUACGAUAACCCCGCAUAUCGUCGCUCGUUCGAGCUCCGUCCUACGAGUUAUCGAAGCAGCUGGUACGACCCAGACGCCGCGAACUACGAAUACUCGCUAACGAACGCCAACCUCGUGACACGGAAACAAACGAGUCCCAAAUGGAGGUCAGUUUCGAAUUCUCGUCUGCAAGAAACUCGCGGGAAUGCGAAUCACGAGAUUGGCGAGCAAAAACGAAGUAAUUCUAAAACGUCUUUGCACCAUUACGUUCCUAAAAUAUUUCACACAGGAAGUGACAAUGUUAUUUCCAGAGGUACCCGAGUAUCUGUGUCUCCUGAGCGUCAAUGUCACAAUGGACAUCUGCCGGCAAAGAUUGAUAACAGACAUAAAUCGCAAAGUGGGAGACGAAAUAAUUGUGACUCUAAACCUCAUGAUAAUGGUCCUGCUUAUUCACCCUCUUUCAGACCGUCUUUUAGGUCAAGGUCGUACGAUCCUGACCUUCAUUCUGCAACUGAAGGAAGACCGACAGUGGAGUAUUUUACCGUGGAUAACCGGAAGAAAAAAUCAAAACGGAAUCAAAGACACGAUUACGAAAGUAAUAAUAGAUUUUUUACACCCAGUGGCUAUGAUAGGAAUUAUGGAUAUGUGAAUCAAUUUCCCGACGAAUUUGACCGACACGGGACGUUCGGAUUGAGUUCCAGUGACCACACAUUUCACCGUAAUGAACCUUGUGUGAUGGUAUCCCGCGCUCCGAACGGGAACAUCAUGACCUCCAUGAGGUCGCCAUCGCAACGUGCCCCAAUCAAAAUGGCCGACAAUGUACAUGACGGGAGACAGGUAGCUUCCGUUAGACCGAUUCGGCAGGACGGCGUAUUUAUGUUUCAGACAAAGCUUUAGGCCAUAAUAUUUAUGUGUGGUUAAAUUGUAUAUUUAUUAAAUAAAUAUAAAAUAUAAUCUAAUUAAUUUAAAUGCAUACCAAAUUAUAUUUAUUAUACUACUUAUGAUUUCGUUAUUUGCUGUUUUAUAUUUAAUGUGAUAUCUCAUUAUUUGUGUUUCUUGGCCUGAUGUCGGUGUUUACAAUGCCAGACUUUGAAUACAAUUCAAUGUGAGGAGGCAAUGUGGAAAAAAGUGCAUUUAUUUAUCAGCCAUAAUUUGUUCUCUUAUAAAUGUUAUUUUGUUUGAAUCACUGAUUAGCAUCAACUUUAAACAUAUUUAAUAAACUUACUACCAAUCAUAAUUUUCACUUACGUUUAAAUGCGGGUGUUGUGUAUCAUUGUGAUAUUAAAUACAGCGUUGCUAAAGAAAGUAAAUCAAACACUGACGU